CAUUAUUGACAAUAUGACCGUGCCAUCACAAUUGAUCCAUGAUCAGCCAAGCUUGCCACUAUCAACAUUCUCUCUAUUUGAUGAGCCGAGCCGCCAGCCCUCCAACAUUCAUUGGCAAUUUUCCAAUACCACACCAUCUGAAUUACCAACAAGCUCCCAGGUCUCGCAUUUAUUCGACGAAUUUUCAUCGACUUUUCCUUCCUUUGAAACAUCGCCGUUGGUGAAGACCUACCAGGAACCAUGGAAAGUUACGCAACAACACUGGGACAAACUCUUUGAUCAAGUCCAGUUCUUUAUUCCUCUUAUUCCGCCUGGAUUUGUGCUACAGUCACGCCACACUUUGACUCGCUACCUCGGGACUUACUUCUCGGGCUUUCAUCGUCAUUUACCAUUUCUUCAUAUCCCUACAUUCUCACUGGAGAGGUCUCCAGUUGAAUUAAUACUAGCCAUGGCGGUUAUUGGAGCCCAGUCUAACUUUGAACAUGAUAAUGCCAGGAUGCUCUUUGAAACGUCUUAUGCCAUAAUACAAGAACGUCUGCGCAAACGCAAAGCUGAGCUUCGCCAUAGGUCAUUCCCAAUGGGAGAUGAGACGUCGACUGAAUUGCAUCCCGGAGGUCAGCCUUGGAUAGGAGGGCCUUCCUCUGUCCUAGAACUCCCACUAGACUCCUCCGCGAGCCAGGCUUGCAUCCCCGAAUUUCAUCCACUACCUGCUGCACAAACACUGCUCUUGCUCAUGGCAAUGGCAACGUGGGGCAAUUCAAAAGCCAUCUACAACAAAGCUUUUGGUCUGCAAAACGCGAUAGUCAACCUUGUGCGUGAGGAAGAAUUUCUGAAGGUGCAAACCCAGAUACCGCAAGGCAUUACGUGGGAUCUGUGGGUUCAAAUAGAAGGAUUCAAGAGGACAAUCGCUAUCAUAUACUGCUUUUUAAAUUUCCACACAAUAGUCAAUGAUACCCCGCCUCCGAUUCGAACCUCAGAAUUAACUAUCGAUCUACCUUCGCGUGAAGCAGACUGGGCGGCCCAAACUGAGAAGGAGUGGCAGGAAAUCCGGAGUAGGUCCGAGCCUGAGCCACAAUUUCAAGCCUAUUUUACGAGCCUCUUCUUAGAGCCAAAGGAAGAUAACGAAAUCCUCAAAGGAUAUUCCUCACUCGGUGGAUACACCCUCAUAUUGGCAUUGAUUCAACACAUCUAUUUCCUUCGCGAGUUGAGCAAAUGCAGACCUGGCUCUGAACAAAGCCUUUCUCCUUCAGAUGCGGCCAACGUGGAGCAAGCAUUGAGGAAUUGGCAGAGUGGAUGGUAUACAGAUCCAGAAUCCUCCCUCAGUCCAGGAAGCCCACAUGGUCCAAUUUCCUUCAACUCGACAGCUUUGCUUCGAAUGGCCUAUAUUCGGUUGGUCGUGGAUGUGGGUCCGUGGCGCGCUCUGAAUACUCAUAAUCCCUACGAAAUUGCGAUGUCCAUGCACCAAAGUCCCCCACUAACACCCUCUCCUAAAUUGACACACGCAGUGCUAUAUGCUGCGCAUGCACUCAGCAUUCCGGUCAAGAUUGGUGUCAGUAUCGUGACACGUAGUCAGGCUUUCACUUGGUCCCUGCAGCAUUCGCUCUGUGCGCUCGAGUGCGCUUUUGUUGUUAGCAAGUGGUUACUGGUCAUGCAACAGCGGGUAUCCGAGGUGCUCCUCAAUAAGGAGGAAAAAUCAUUGAUCGCUUACCUAGAUGAUAUCGUGACAGAAGCAGGCCCUGGAAUCUGUCCGGUGAGAGGCGGCGGGGAAACAUCGCACCCUUUUGAAUUGUGUGUGCGGGUCAUCAAGCUUUGGGCCAAAUUACUGAGCGGAGAAGCACACUGGGAUGUAGUACGCAUGAUUGGGAAAGUGUUAGAAGCAUAUGGUUACAUCUUAGAGAAGGAGCUCCUAGUGUAAU